GCCCAGACGCCCUCUCGUUGCGCUGAUUGGAGUUGCGGCGAUCGCGACUGCCUCCGUGUUCCUGGAGAGCAGCGUGAAUCCAGCCAAUCUCUUCCCCCUGACGCGCGACGAGGCCGGCUCUGCAGCGUCCCUAUCGUGAUAUUUAACACACCCUCCGAGGGUGCAGAACAGAGCGGCGGACCUGGAAAAGGGAUCGGGGCGCACCUGCCGGAUAAGACGACAGUGCGGGGCACAAAAUCCGGCUCUGCUGUUGCUGCUUUUAGUUGAAGGUGGGGGAGAACGGGGAGGUCUUCUUUUAAUGGGUAGCUCUCCCGUUGCUAUCUCCUUCCAUUCUCGAGUGGACACUGGCAUCGGCGGCACUGUCACUUUAGAUCAGAUCUGAGCGAGUGGAAAAGUCAAGUCUGCGGAUCUUCCAAGGCUUACAGUGAAUGUUUUGACGGGCACGCGAGUUGCCGAUCGGGUCGCCUCGAUGCAUGCGCGUGCCCAACGUGAAGAGCUGCUGAUCUGAAGCUGGACCCAGGCUCCGUGCUGAGCGGGAGGAGGAGGAGGAGGAGGGGGAGGAGGAGGAGGAGGAGAACAGCGAUGCUCGAGCUCUCUCGUCGCUCUCAAUUCUCAACAUGGACCGUUUGAGUCCCGCCACGAGCAGUUGCCCGAGCAGCACCGAACCUGACAGGAGCGCGUCCUUGUCCCGCAGCUUUCUUCUGGUGGAACCGAUCGGCUUUGUUUCCCGAGUGUACUAAAGAAAAAAAAAAGAAAAAGAAAAAUGACACCUGGCUACUCCGCCCGCCUGUUCUGCCUUUACUAAGCAAUCACGCUUACCUGAGGGGCUCCGCACAGAGCUCAUAAGGAACUGAGUACCUGCGACGCAGUCUUUAGAUACCCUAUUCGCGGAUCCACCAGCUGUCACCCCUCUACUUGCACGAGUGUACAGGCAUCAUGCUCGGAUACCGAUAGCGCACCUUCGCGUCAGUAUUUAUUUAUUUCAAAGUCUAAAAGGUUUCGAAUCUGCCCUCCUCUACAGCAUGAAGAUGAUCGUGCUUCGCCGGUUCAGGGUGCUGAUCGUUAUGGUGUUCCUGGUGGCAUGUACUUUGCACAUCGUCAUCGAUCUGUUGCCCCGGCUGGAGAAGCGGGCGGUGGCCGCCGGAGCUCCGGCAAACCCUGCCGCUGGCAGCGGCUGCUCGUGUGCUCACCGGCCGAGCGACGAGCCGCAGAACUGGGGCAAGCAGCGCGCACGCACCGGCUCCGCUCAGCCCGGCUGGCCCAGCAAGCACACGUUGCGCAUCCUGCAGGACUUCAGCAAUGAGCCCGGCUCCAAUCUCACCUCGCAGUCGCUGGAGAAGAGCCCGGGCUCUGCCGACAAGACCGAGGCUUUCAGGAGGCUGGAGGACUUCGCGCAGUCUGGAGGCCACCUGGUCGGGGACAAGCAGUUCAUUCAGGAUGCGAGCCCAAAGAGGGAGCGCAACGGGGGACCGUCCAAGCUGAGCGCUUUGUUCCAGCACCCUCUGUACCGGAUACCGAUCCCCCAGCUCAGCGAGGACGACACUCUGUUCAACAUGAAUACCGACCUACGCUUCAACCCCAAGGCGGCUGAGAACCAGGAGUGGCCAAACGAAGGCACAGAUGAAGAAGAAUACACCCCGACCGGGGAGCCUUCGGCCGACUCCUACCCAAAUUGGCUCAAAUUCCACAUUGGGAUUAACCGAUAUGAACUCUAUUCAAGAGAUGGUACUGUCAUCGAAUCUCUGGUCAAGGACCUGGUGCUGCAAAAAAUCGUCAGUGUAGCAAUGAAAUCAGGGGGCACUCAGCUGAAGCUCAUCAUGACAUUCCAAAAUUACGGGCAGGCGCUGUUCAAGCCAAUGAAACAAACAAGAGAGCAGGAAACCCCACCUGAUUUCUUCUACUUCUCCGAUUUUGAGAGGCACAAUGCAGAAAUUGCAGCCUUUCACCUGGACAGGAUUCUGGACUUUCGGCGGGUCCCUCCGGUGGCAGGAAGGCUGGUCAAUAUGACAAAGGAAAUCCGUGAUGUGACCCGGGACAAAAAGCUUUGGCGGACGUUCUUCAUUUCACCAGCCAAUAACAUCUGCUUCUAUGGAGAAUGCUCCUACUACUGCUCAACAGAACAUGCCUUAUGUGGGAAGCCUGACCAGAUUGAGGGUUCUUUGGCCGCCUUCCUCCCAGACCUGGCACUGGCAAAGAGGAAGACCUGGAGAAAUCCAUGGAGGCGAUCCUAUCACAAGCGCAAGAAAGCAGAAUGGGAAGUUGAUCCAGACUACUGCGAGGAGGUGAAACAGACACCCCCAUAUGACACUGGCACCCGACUCCUGGACAUCAUGGACAUGACCAUCUUUGACUUCUUGAUGGGAAACAUGGAUCGCCAUCAUUAUGAGACAUUUGAAAAGUUUGGGAAUGAAACCUUUAUCAUCCACUUGGACAACGGAAGAGGAUUUGGAAAAUAUUCCCACGACGAGACGUCAAUCUUGGUCCCACUAACCCAGUGCUGCAGGAUACGGAAGUCCACCCACUCACGUCUGCAGCUUCUGGCGAAAGAGGAAUUCAAGCUGAGUGACCUGCUGGAGGAGUCCCUGCUGCAAGAUCGUCUGUCGCCCAUCCUCUACCGACCUCACCUGGAGGCGAUGGACCGCCGGCUGAGGAUCAUCCUGCGAGUGCUCAAUGACUGUAUCGAGAAGGACGGCUACAGCAACGUGGUGGAAAACGACCUGGACAGGGACAUUGCUGACACCAUCACCAGCAAGAGGUAGUGCCGCAAGCCACGGAGCCGACGACUCCAACGCAUCAAAAGCAAAGUCUUGCAAAAAGACGGUUUAUUUAUGCCACAUUUUUGAAUUCAAUGAAUUCAGGGCCUCGAUGAAAAUUCCCCAAAACAUGUCAAAACAAAUAAGAGGAACAAAUAUGUCAAUGGUUUUAGGGCCAGAAAACCCAGUCCUACAUGGUAUCACGUUGCUUAGGUUCUGUUCACCGCUGCCAAAUUAUUACUACCAUUAUUGUUAAUUGUUUUUGAAUUAAUGCCAUUCUGUCCGAUGUGUUCCUAGAGAUAUAUUUAUUUAAUAAAAAUACGUGUAAUGUAGGAAGAAAUAAGAUAAGGACAGACCACUGGCCUCAGGCGAAACUCGUAGAAUGGCAGAAGAGCUGGGGGAGAGGAUGGUGGUGGACGCCAAAGACUUGGGGUGGGGGGGGGGGCACUUGUCUCAGUAGCCUGUUAGCAGUAGUCAUAGGAGUACCAGUUUGUCUGGGUGGUGGGGGGGGGGGGGGGGGGUAGCUGUCAGGUCAGUCCCACAGGCGCUCAGACUUGUCCACCAGCACACCCAGUAAGGGUCCGAUUCAACGAGAAGUAGCCCGUCCCAAGUUGCCCAAAGUGUACCAUGUGAUCCAGAGGUGGGCAGUGAAUGGAGGGGACACCACUGUCCAGUCUCUGAUCUGCAAUGCCAAUGAUGGUAGAGGCACUAACCUGACGAGACUGUCUAAGUGCACUGCUAAGGGUGUGCCAGUCGAACUGGGCCAUGACCAAGGGGGUACCUGUAGUAACCAAGCCUGUGGGGGGAUUCAUGGGAGACAGUCUAAGAGCCGGCACUCCGUCAAGAGAGUCUGAUUCCUUUAAGCAAUCCCUGCGGUCGCGGCCCUUCCGCUUGGAAUGUUCAGUUUACAGGACAGGUGGCAUCAGGGGUGCACAAGCACCCAAUGAGUCGUUUUAGGCCGCUGUGCAUCAACCGUGCCGCUCACGCACUGAGCCUCUGCAGGAUCCUGCACCAGCACCUAUUGCAUCGUCACGUCUCUUAGUCGACCGUAAAGGUGUGUUUGAAAAAGUUAAAACUAUCGCUGGGGGAUUUGGUGGUACGUAGGGAUUGGUAGCCUCCGUCUCAAACACACACAAGUAAGAGGGGCGCCAUCUUGGAGGAGGACAGAGGACGAGUAAGAAGAGCACAGGCUAUCUCAGGAAACCAUUUUAAAGAAAUUGGAGGUAAUUCUACUCUGAAGCAUCUUCACUGAGAGGGGACCCCCCCCCAAACCCCAUACCCCCCACCCCAUGUCAGGGCACAGCAUGACCCACAGACGGCAAGCACCUUAAGAGGCCUGUCUACAUUAGCAGGACACCAGCAGACUUAAGUGAAGUGAGGUGUGGCGCCAUAUCUUAAGAAAAAGUUACAUGUGACUACGGGGCAUGUGCCAGCAUAAGUGUAAGGGUUGUUGUGUUGGCACAUGAGUCGGCACACAUGUCUGUGCCAUGGGGAACAUAUCAAGGAUAUUAAAUGAUGGCCCAGGUGGGUGUGAGAGGGGAGGUGCGUCUCACAUAAACGCAAGUGCAUGUUUAAUUAUUAGCACAUGGGCAUAUGCCACAUAGAGACCGGGGUGGGGGGUGUUUGAGGGGAGGGCAUGCUUUAUGUGUGCCAGUGUGAAGUGCAAAUAAUUUGUAGAUAUUCAAAAAUAGGGUAGCAGGGUGGCACAAUGGUUAGCACCGCCAUCCGGGUUUGAUUUUUGGUCCUGCUUAAAUCUCAGUGGGGUCCGCCGUGGUUUUCCUUGCUGGUGCUUUAGUUCCUGCCCAUCUUUAAAUGAUGCCUGUCUGUUUUGGUAAAUGUGGCAACUUCCAUUUGGUCCAGUGUGAGGGAAGUGCCAUCACGUAUCCCACAAUCCUCUAUUGUGAAAAAAAAAAAAAAUCAGGUCAGGAAAACCUGCUGAAUGUUCACAAGGAAAUGCGUGGGCGACCCGUAAGGCGUCAAGUUAGGUAGGUGCCAAUGCAAGUGGGCAUACUUUGUAUAAAGGGGUUUUCUUACAUAGGGUACAGUAUGUCUGUCAUUUGAAAGGGACAUUCUUAAACUGGCGCCACUGGCAGUGGGAGCCCCUCCAAAGGACAGAAGAGUGCCACACACACACACAGGAGGGGUUAGGGUGUCACACCAGGGGCACAGUACACAUAAUGCCAGUUGGAGACCUUCGGCUCUGCAAUGAGAUGCCCUUCCCACAUUUGGUGAUUUCUGCCAAGUACGUUGCCCUCUGUUUUUGUUUUUUUUUUUUUUUGUUUUUGAUUAAAUAAAAUAGAAGCGUUGUGCCAGCUCACCGUUCAUUUUUGCUUUUGUCACGCCACCGGAGACGACUGGCAUCUCUUAACUGCUCCCUUCAGAGCACAUGACGUCCAUGCCCUGUUGAGACUUCUUUUCUAUUUAUUUAUUAAAUAUGGGGGUCGAUGGAUGCGGCGUCUCUCCUUCCCCACCCUUGGAGUCCAGGUUUCAGCGUUACACCAGUGCCUGGGCAGCAACACGAACACUUGAGCGUUGGCAGAGAUGUGCGAGGAGCUCGAGAGCAGCUCCCUGUCGGCAAGGACAGAGCCGCCGUUUGCUGCCUUCUUCUUCAUCUGAACUUCAUCAUUCUGUGUAAAUAAAAAAUCAAUAAAUUGAUGCCUGGACAGAAAAAAAUAAUAAAUAAAUUCUAAGCGACCUGCCCUGUGCGGCCGUAGGCUUCCGUCUCCUUCGCAGUGUUUCUGUGGAAUUCGUUUGCAACCUGGUAACGUGCAAUAAAGAUGUGGCAACUG